AUGGGCAAAGUCGGGCGCUUCGCGUGUAUCCUCACGCCUAUGUGCCUUACCCUCGCAUCUUUAAUAUGCUUCGUCAUUGUCAUGCUAGGUCAAACGCCAUGGUCGGGCAAUAAAGCACCAGCAACAGCCUUGGGGCGCGAUUUAUACUUCUUCAAGGCGAAUACUGGAAACAUUACAGCCGACCCUGACACCAUCGCCGACAAGAUCCCCGAAGGCAUCACACCAGACGCCGCAAAAGAGUUCCUCGCCGCUCUGAACGGCAAGCUCUCCUCGAAAGAACUCAAGGACUUCUACCAGGUCGGCCUCUUCUCCUACUGCGAGGGCGACAAGGAUGCCGAGUCUGGCGAAGAAAAAAUCACUUACUGCUCUGCGCGCAAGUUUCAGUUCCACUUCGAUCCCCUGGCUAUCUGGCAGAUGAACAACACCAACAUCCAGGAAGUUCUUGGCGACAAAUAUGAUAGUGGCAUGAACGCAUACAAGAAGGCUGCUGGCUGGAUGAACUGGGCUUUUGUUAUCACUCUGGUUCUUACCGCUGUGGAGUUUGUAGUGGGCUUCUUUGCCAUCUUCUCAAGGUGGGGCAGCCUUGUUACCACUGUCAUCUCUACUGCACAAACCAUCUUCGCCAUCCUCGCCGCCGCAACUGCAACAGCAAUCUACGGUACCAUCACCGGUGUCUUCAAGACCGUCCUCGAACCCUACAACAUCGGUUCCUCCAUGGGCAGCCAGAUGCUCUCCGUCCUCUGGCUCGCCGUCGCCUUCUCCAUUGGCUCCGGCUUCUUCUGGCUCAUCAGCGUGUGCUGCUGCAGUGGAAAGAGCGGCCAUAAGAAGAUGGUCGUCGAGAAGACCCCUUACACAUACGAGAGGGUUGCCAGCCCGGCAUUUGGCCAGAGCGGGCACCAGAUGUCAAGCUGGCCCAAGAGCCAGCAGGACCCGCCCAAGAUGGGACAGCCAACGGCUUAUGAGCCAUUUAGGUCGCGCGUCUAA